UCUUUCAUUUCAGAUUGGUCAUCUCAUCCCCGCUUCUCCACCUUGUCCUCUAUCACGUCCCUAUGAAAAUCGUGCCUGAAGUUGAAGCCAAGUUUCCUCGGCUUGCCGAGAAUGUCCACAUGUGGAAUCAUCACGCAGGACACAGCUGGGACUCGACCAUUUCCGCAAACUUGGUUAUCACAGAAGCUCGCCCCAAUUUUCUAGUAUUUGAAUUUGUGGUAGGCGAGGAUCAUGUAAAUGGCCUUGGAAAUCUUCACGGAGGCUGUGUCGCUACCUUGAUCGAUUUGUGUAGCAGUAUGGCAAUUCUCGUCAGCGGCGAAAAUAUGACUGCAUGGCGCAGCCCUGGUAUCUCCACAGAGUUGGCUGUUUCUUACAUUGCUGGUGCACCUGAAGGAGCCAAGCUCCGAGUAGAAAACGAGCUUUUACGAUCAGGAAAAACUCUCGCAAACUUGUAUACAAAGAUAUAUAACGAGAAUGGCCGACUUUGCUAUUCUGGAACUCACACCAAGUUUUGUCUGGAUUCGAAGUUGUAAUUGUAGAUGGAUUGACUAGACGAAUGGAGUAUUAAACGCAUUACGAAUAUAUAUUUCUGUGCCUAAAGUGUCAGAAAAAUUAUAACCCGCUACAUAACACUUCUCCAUGUGAUGUUCCUGAAAGUACAGAAGUUACUUAGCUACGAUGUCCAUCAAUCUUAUUAUCUUUUGAUAUUAGGUAUCAGAAGCCGGUUAAUGUGAAUAUUUAGAUAAGUCUGCGUG